AUGCGGUCAACAGACCGGUGUGCGGUGUUGCGACAGUCUGCUGCAUCGAUGCAGCUGUAUUCCAUAGAUCAAUUUAUUUUAAUAUGGUUCCUCUUUGUUUCAGCUGACUUUAUUCACACAUGCAAGAGGAACGAUCCAAAUGUGAACUCGUGCAUCAGAAAAAGUAUAGAAGAGCUCAGACCGUACCUGAGAAGAGGGAUCCCCGAGCUGAAAGUGCCCUCCUUGGAACCUCUAGUCAUCAAGGAGUUAGUGGCUGCUGAAGGAAGCGGCAUUAAAAUCACCACAGAGAACCUCAAAGUUUUUGGCUGCAGCAACUUCACGAUUCAGAAACUAGACGUGAACCUGAAGACUCACCAAUACCUCUUCAAUAUAAAACUUCCUCAUCUUGUACUAGAUGGAAGAUAUAUUAUCGAUGGAAGAAUUCUUCUUAUUCCGAUCCGCGGAAAAGGAAGACUUACAGGAGAUAUAUUUAACGCCAAAGCUAACGUAUCACUCUCCGGGCAGAUCAUCAAGAAACACGGGGAAGACUAUUUACAUUACCACAAGAUGACAAUUAAAAUCAAAGUAGUCACUGGGAAACUACGCCUGGACAAUCUGUUUGGCGGAGAACCAGUUUUGGGAGAAGUUAUCAACAGUGCCAUCAACGCGAACUUCGAACAGUUUAUGAACGAGCUGCGACCUAUCGUCGAGAAGGCUUUAGCGAAGUUCAUGUUGGAGAGCGCUGACGGUAUAGCGUCUUCCUUCCCCUACAAGGACCUUUUCCCCGUCUGACCGACCACGGGCUGCGGACGUGUGCCACCGAGAUACUGAGUGAGAAUAUAGACAAUCGCUAGCAGACGCGCUGCUUUGUGAUAAGUGCGAACACUGAACCCUUAUGUUACUAAUUAUUCUUCUAUAAGUACGAGUGUAGAGGACUGUGUAGAGUGUAAUGGACCAUUGUGACAUUUCAUAUGUACUACAGUACGGAAAUAAAUUGUAUAUAAUAUGUC